AUGACAUUGAAACCUAAGAAUCCCAGUGUCAAGAUAGAAGCAAAUGAUAGUGAACUUGAACCCAAUGAAGAUGUGAAAGAGUCAUUGAGGCUAAUUGAAGAUUUGAAAUUUUUUUUGGCCACGGCACCAGCCAACUGGCAAGAAAACCAAGUGAUCAGACGUUACUACCUUAAUCACGACGAAGGGUUCGUGAGUUGCAUUUUCUGGAAUAACCUUUAUUUCAUAACCGGAACAGACAUUGUUCGCUGUAUUGUUUACAAAUUCCAGCAUUUUGGAAGAAAGAUAACCGACAGAAAAAAAUUCGAAGAAGGUAUCUUCUCCGACUUGAGAAACUUGAAAUGCGGAGUGGAUGCUGUUUUAGAGUCACCCAAGUCCGAGUUUUUAGAGUUCUUGUAUAAGAAUUCAUGUUUGCGUACUCAGAAGAAACAGAAAGUCUUCUUCUGGUUUAAUGUUCCUCACGAUAAACUUAUGGCUGACGCUUUGGAAAGAGACAUGAAAAAAGAAAAGAUGGGUCAAAAUCCAACGACAAUAGCCCAUAAAGAGCCUGCUUUGUCAUUCAAAUAUGACGAGGAUAAAUUUUUAUUUAACCAACUUACUGAGCACAUGGAACUUCAGAAGAGCCUUAACGAGUCUGCAAGUGAUAGCACCACAACUCCUGAAGAUAAUUCAUUUGAGUAUUCAGCCCCUGAAGUAGAUAAGGAUGAAUUUGAAUUUCUCCACCAGGAUACACCAGCCCAAUACAGAGCACAAUCUGAUUAUGAAGAUGACUUUCCGCUCGAUUAUUUCCAUCCCAAUGACGAUACGUAUAAAGAUAGUGAUUACAUAAAGUUAGAUAUAAAUCCGCGUCUGCAAUUUGCCAAUAUAAUUGAAGAGAACCAGGAUGGCUUAUUUGAACCUCUUCCAUCUUAUAUUAUUCCAACUCCAUCUGCAAAUCAAUUGGUUCAUACCGAUGAAUAUUUAAUUGAACAAACACAACCAUUAAAGACUCCGAUUCCUCCGUUGUCUUCUGCUGGGUAUUUGCCAAAAUCUGCAAAAUUUCAAAAUACCCGAGUACCAUCAUCUAAUGAAGAAUAUUUUCCACAAUCUUAUCAGCUACCCUCAUUUUCAACAAAGUUUCAAAACCCGUUGCCCAGACCCAUGCCAAGUCUGUUCUAUAAUGAUCCAAUUAUUAUACCACAGCCUCAACACCUGAGUGGCAUGUAUCAUCCAGAUUACAGUUAUAUGCAUCCAGAAGCUGACUAUUGGCCAAACCCUAUUUAUGAACAAGUAAUGCCAUACCAGAGUCAACAACAUGGAUAUAUGUUACAGAAUGAAGAAAUGGCCCAAAUAAAUAAUCCUUAUCUGGCAAUGAACCCAGCGAUGAUAAAUGUUGUCCCAUCUAACAUCAACUCACGCUCAAUUAACCCAGCUAACUUUGCUUCAGCAUCUUCGAGGCAACUAGCAAUUUCGGCAAAUAUGAUGAAAAAGAAAUCACAAAUGUAUCAACAGCAACGUGAUAUGUCUGCUAGAUUGUCGAAUAAUCCUAUAUCAAAGACAUCUGAAAAGCGUAAGAUCAAUAAUGAUCUGAAUUUGAAGAAUAUUAUAUCUUCUAGAUCAACGAGAGUAGUUAAUUUUAAGAAAGAGACUGAAGAUAAAGGAUCUGAUAAUGAAAACUUUAUACCAACUCCUGAGUCAUCCAUAACACAUUCCGAACAAAGCCAAGCUAGUCAGAAUGCAAAUGGUAACUAG